AAUAGAUCUGCUUUAACUUCCUGGAGACGGUUACUACAACACCCCGAAUAACCGCGUCCGUGCGCGUUUCUAACGAUGGACGGCAGCAGAAUGUACGUGUUCUCGAGUCGCCCCAGAGUUGUGGAGGAUCCGUGGAAACCCCGGUGGUCUCCGUCCGGACGAAUGCAGCUCAAGCAUGGGAACAUUAUGAGGGAUCCGCGUGUUUUCAGAGGAAACGUCUCGUCCCAACCCCUCAAGUUUGCAAGAGCCCCGCUGGACUCUGCGGACAUGCGCACUCAGGAGGAGCGCACAUCCGGAGCCGUUGGUCCGAAACGGGUCAGGAGGAAGUUCCGACCCAGAACUCCUGAGCCUGUUCAGGGCAGGAAACACCUGGAAAUUCAGACAGAAAGUUACCUGGAAGAGCUGAGUGACAUCCCUGUGGUGAAGGAGAUUGAGUGUCAGACUGAUGCUUUCCUGGACAGACCUGAAACUCCAAUCUUCAUACCUGCAAAAACUGGCAAAGAUGCUGAAACCCAGAUAGAUGAGGGAGAUCUGUUUGACUUUGAGGAGGAAGUGCGGCCCAUCCUGGAAAUUCUGGUGGGAAAGACGCUGGAACAGUCUUUGUUGGAGGUGAUGGAGGAGGAGGAGCUGGCUGCACUGAUGGCCCAGCAAAGGGCCUUUCUAGAGCGCCGAAAUAACCAACUUCCAGAGGUCCAUCGGCUGCAGGAGCAAGAGCGACGCCGUCGUGAGGAGAGAGAACGCAGAAUGGCAGAGCAGAAGAGGGCGUUGCAGGAGGAGAAGGAGGUUGUAGAGAAGAUUGCUGCUCGUGCGCUGACCCAGCAGCAGCUGGCUGACCUUGUGCCUUCAGUCUUGGCCUCACUGAGGAGGGAGGGUUACUUUUAUGACCCCGUGGAGAGAGAUGUUGAGACUCAUUUCUUCCCUCGACUGAUGGAGGACGUUCAGAGAGUUUUACAGAAGAACUGCAGAGCCAGGGAGCUUCUGGACGAAAUCAUCUAUGAAGUCACUCAAAGAAGACUGGAGGGGUUUGAAGUGCUGGAGACCUCCGACCCCUAAAGCUGUAUGGAAGACGUUCACUGAGGAACGGUCCAGCUGGGUGUUCUUUAUAUUUGGGCUGCGUCAAAGGAGUUAAAGGACGUAAAAACAUUCACUGGAAUAGAGAUUCCUGUGCAAUAAUAAAGCUUUGUGUUCUGUCAA